GAUACUCUGUAAUAUUCGACCAAAAAUGCCAUCACCACAGGCACAAGCCAAACCAUCAACCGCGAAGUCCGAUUCUCAACCUCCGUCCAAGAUGAGCAAUACGACACCACAAAAUGCCCAACUCAUCUCGGAGCGCGAGAUUAAGCAGAAUUCAGGCGCAUCCGCCAGCAUGGCACUGCAAGCAAUGCAGAAAGCCUGGGAACUACGACAGGCCGCCAACGCCGCCGGCGACCCCAAUGCGCGCGAGGAGAUCCUCGCAAAGUCCAUUAACAAAGAGAUUGAAGCCGAGUCCUUCGGCAAGGCAGCCAAGUAUACACAAUCGGGCGCCUUCCAGGGCCUCGCUGCCGGAGCUGGGCUCGGAGUUCUGCCAGGUGUAACAUUGGGCAAAAUCACGGGGGCACUCGUCGGCGGGCUCGUUGCAACGGUGACGGGGCUAUUGGGCGGGGGUAUCGGCGCAGCAUAUGGGGCGCUGCAUGGGCCGAUGUGGGAUCUGGGCCAGCUGGCAAGCCACGGGGUACGGAGCGUGGUGGGUGACUUUCCGAACUGGAGCUCGACGCCAGCACAGAAGAGGGCGUUGGAGAAGAUGGUGAUGCAGACCAAGGAUACGCAAGCGCCGAGUAAGGAGGAGCUUGAGAGGAUGAAGGCCGAGGCACCGGAUGAUAUGCCGCAGACGUGGGCACAGUCGGUGAGGGACAUGACGAGUUGGAGGCCGUCAGUGCCGAGUCUGCCAGCUAUUCCUAGUAUGCCAUCGAUGAAGCAGGCUGGUGCUGCGAUGGGGCUGGGGGGACUAGGAGCUUCGUUGCCCGGUUGGGGAGGGGGUCCUACUCAGGGAUCGCAGCAGACUGGUGAGAAGGUUCAGAGUUCGCAAAAUACGUUGCCGAUUCCGGCUUCAAGGCCUAGCACCGAUGGACAGUCUUCGGAGCCGAAGUCACUGCAACCACAGGAAGCGCCCAGACCGAAGGAACCUCCGAAACCCAAAGAGGCGCCUCGUGUUACAAGAACAGACGAGACGAAGACUUCUCAGGGUGAAAAACGGCCUAUGACGGCGCCAAAGAAGCCAUCAAGGACUGAAUCACAAAAUACUGAGGUGGGCAAGCAGUCGAGCCCACAGUCGGAAAACAAAGAAAACAAACCGCCAGCGGUGUCGGCGCCUGAGAGACGAAAGCCGAGGAAGUUGGAAACAAGGAGUUUGAGCAGCAAGACAAGCUCAGAGAGCGCUACGAGACGGCCUCGAAAGCUGGAAACGCGAAAGUCGACAACGUAGUCAGGCAGUUGGUGAUGAUACCGGGAAGCAGACGUAGGGUUGAUUCAAGAAUUGAUAAUUACAACUCAUCGAAAUUGUGUUACAACAUCUUCAUCCUCACCUUGCUCAGUCAGAAGAACCCCUUUGUGCUUACUUCAUUCGAUAACGGUGUUCCUAGCUCUUUGUUGUUGCAUUCUGGGAGGCUGUCUCGUAAAGUGGUGAUGAGAGUAGUUUGAUUAUUGGUAAUGAUACUUAGGAGCAGUAUACAGAAGAAAUAGAUGAGCACCUUGAAACAUU